GUUGCCUUUCACCCUGUACUCUCACCAACCACACCUUCCCGUAUCUCCUUCCUCCAUAUACCCACUUCAUUCGUCUCGUAUGUCAUCUGAGCAAUCAUCGUCAAAUUAACAUCAGUGAGUCCUUGUCAUGUCUGUGACUAACUUCAACCCGCAGAAUCAAUAUUCAUCUUGGGGCGCUGGUUCUUGGAACGAGUGGCCACAAUAUUCUGCGUCUGUACAACAACAACCCUUAGCCAGGAACGCUGGUUAUUCGAAUAUACCCCCUGAGCCUAAUACUGAAGGAAAUCAUGCAAAUGCUACUACAAGUCGAGCGUUUCGCCGAGAUAAUACACUUGAUCGUAUCUCUCAAUUUGCGAACGAAGAUGUCGAAAUGACAGACGUUGUCGCAUCCGACGUCAACAGAUACCUCAUCGUCGACACGAACUUCCUCAUUGACCACCUCGCGGUCCUGAAGCGAUUCAGCCAGGAUCUUGAAGAGUUGGCAUCCAAUGUGAGGUUUGCUCACUUGGUAUCGGGCUUACAGAUCAUCGUGCCCAGUGUUGUACUGUCGGAGCUCGAUGGCUUAAAGAAGCGUGAGGAGUUGAGAUGGUUCGCUCAAACAGCCUCGACAUGGCUCCUCGAGAAAUCAAAAGAACGUGGGCUCGUCAAGGUUCAAUCACGGAAAGAAACGCUGCCCAGCUCCACCCUUUCUGUUGGUGAGGUAGAUCAUCGUAAGAACGACCUCGCGAUUUUCGAUUGUUGCCAGUUCUUCGCUACCAAGGGCAGAGUCUGCCUGGUCAGUGCUGACAAGAAUUUGUCUAUAGAGUGUGAGGCAAAUGGAAUGAUAGGUAUCUUCACCAUAAAGCCUCCCCAGGGUCGGUGGACAAGCCGAGCUUUGGCAUAUGCGAUAUACGGAGAAGGCAUCCCUGGCUCUUGCUUCCACGGAACAGAAUCCGGACCUGGUUACAAGUAUGGCCCUUCUGCUGCUCAACCCGGGAGAUCGCAACCACCCACUGUCCUGGACGAGGAACCCAUGGAUAUUGACGAGGAUCUGUCAGACAACGCACGCCCGGAGGACUUUGAACCCAGCCACGCAUUGGACGCGCUUCAUAUCCAGAUCAUCGAGCACUUUACACUAGUAUUGAAAGAAGUCGCCGAGCGAGUACGCAGAGCCAAUGGGGACUUGCUGCCACCAACGGAUUCACACCAUGCGCCGUCAUAUCGUAGAAAGCCAUUCCAUCUAUGGAGGGUGGGCGAUUGCUUGGAAUACCUGGAUUCAAAAAAGAGGCUCCGAGCUAGAAGUCCCUCACUACGGGUGUUUCUACUUAGACGGAACGAAGAUCGUGGAUGGCGGCGUGGUCAAGACUGGUCUCGACAAGACUGGGUGAUCGCGAUGCAGUCCUUGGAAGAGAUAGGGCAGUUAUUCGACGAGGGGCUUGUGCUUGAUUCUCUGGAGUCGCUCAGUCCACAUGUGGAUUGGAUCUUCAAACAACCAAUGCGACCGACGGGAUGAACGUGUGAUUGUUUGGAAAGAGAAGGAGAUGGAUAAGAUACGCGGUGUCCUAAUUAUUUCGGCAGAAGGGAUGCCAAGAUUGUGUUGAUGUGAUGCAGGGUAUGGAAUUGUGACACUGAAUAAUAAUGACAAGAGUUAACAAUACUGGCUAUGAGGCUUGUUUGAGUGGACUGC